CCAGCUUUCUAUUCAGAGGGACUUGCUUCCCUUGGGCUCUGCAUGCAUCUUUCCCUUUCUGCAUUACAACUACUAGGCUUGAUUAUUUUCUCUGCUGCCUGUUCAACUUUGAAGACACAGUGAUGUCUUUCCAGACUUAUUCAUCCUCCAAAGGGAGCAGAAGGGGCUACAGCUCAUGUUCUGCUUUUGGUGGUGGCGGCGGCGGCGGCGGAGGUAGACGUAGCUUUUCCUCAGGCAGAGGAUUUGGCGGUGGCGGUCUCAGCGGCCAAUAUGGCAGCAGAAGCCUCCAUAACUUAGGUGGGACCACAAGGAUUUCCUAUGGACGGGGCUACGGGGGAGGCAUCUGCGGUGGCUAUGGCGGUGGAGGAUAUGGUGGUUAUGGAGGUGGAGGAGCAGGUGGCUAUGGUGGUGGUGCCUAUGGUGGCUUUGGUAGUGGUGGUGGUGGUGGUGGUGGUGCUGGCUAUGGACGUCUUGGUGGUGGCAGUAUUGGUGGUGGUGGACUGAGUGGAGGCUAUGGUGGUAUGGGUGGCGGUGGUAUGGGUGGCGGUGCUGGCUUGGGUGGAUUUGGAGGAGGCCCUUUUGGUGGCCCCAGAGGCUCUUUUGGAGGACCUGGAGGCUUUGGCGGUGGGUCAGGAGGCAUCCAUGAUGUCCAAGUGGAUCCUAGUCUUCUGCGUCCAGUCCGUGUAGACAUUGAUCCACAGAUCCAGCAAGUAAAGAAUCAAGAGAAAGAACAGAUCAAGGUCCUCAACAAUGAAUUUGCCUCCUUCAUUGACAAGGUCCGGUUCCUAGAGCAGCAAAACAAGGUCCUGCAAACCAAAUGGCAGAUCUUACAACAGCAGUCACAAGGACAAGGCCCAAGGAUGAACCUGGAUGCGGCCUUUGAGAGUUUCCUUAAUGGCCUGAGGAGGCAAAUCGAAGGAGUCCGUAGCCAAAGGCAACAGUUGGAACCAGAGCUUCAGAGCAUGCAGCACUACGUGGAAGAUUUCAAGAACAAGUAUGAAGAAGAGAUCAACAGGCGUACCACUGCUGAAAACGAGUUUGUGGUGCUGAAAAAGGAUGUGGAUUGUGCCUAUAUGACCAAGAGUGACCUGGAAACUAAAGUCGGUGCUUUGGCGGAUCAGAUCAGAUUCCUAAGGGCUAUAUAUGAACAGGAACUGUCUCAGCUACAGACAGUAGGCCAAGACACCUCUAUAGUUGUGAGCAUGGAUAACAAUCGUGACCUCAACUUGGAAGGUAUCAUCGACGAAGUAAGAAACCAAUAUGAGGAAAUUGCCCGCAGUAGCCGAGCUGAAGCCGAAGCCUGGUACCACACCCAGUAUGAAGCUCUGCAGAACACAGCUGGAAGAAACGGGGACAGCCUACACAGCACCAGACAGGAGAUUCAAGAGCUGACCAGAGGCGUCCAGAGACUGCGCUCUGAAAUUGAACAUGCCAAGAAGCAGUGUGCUCAGCUGCAAUCGGCCAUUGCUGAAUCCGAGGAGCGUGGCGAGUUAGCCUUACGGGAUGCAAAGCAGAAGCUGGAUGAGCUGGAGUGUGCUUUGCAGAAGGACAAGGCAGAAUUGGCUCGCCUAUUGAAAGAGUACCAGGAUCUGAUGAACGUCAAACUGGCUCUGGACAUUGAGAUUGCCAUGUACAGGAAACUGCUGGAAGGAGAAGAGAGCAGACUGUCUGGCCAAGGAUCCCAAAUUCACGUCUCUGUAAGGAGCAGUACCCACCGAUAUGGCGGUGGUGGAAUCGGCAGCGGCGGAAUCGGAGGCGGUGGACUUGGAGGUGGAAUGGGAGGCGGCGGACUCGGAAUGGGAGGUGGAGGACUCGGAAUGGGAGGCGGCGGACUGGGCGGCGGAAUGGGAGGUGGAAUCGGCGGCGGCGGAAUGGGCGGCGGAAUGGGAGGCAGUGGAAUCGGCGGCGGAAUCGGCGGCAGCAGCUGUGGUUAUGGAGGUGGAAGUGGAGGCUACGGAGGUGGAAGUGGAGGCUACGGAGGUGGAAGUGGAGGCUACGGAGGUGGAAUUAUAAGCGGAGGAGGUGGAGGCAUCGUUGGUGGUGGCUCGGGAGGUUCCUGCAGCGGAGGAGGUUUCUCACGUGGUUCAGGAGGCGGUUCCAGAACAACCAUAAGGAGAAGCACCACAUCGUCCACCAAAUCUGGUGGAGGGUAUUAAGUCCCAGCAGAUUCAGGAAAAUGAGCUUCUAGUGGCAGCAGCACAACACCUUCCACCCCAUCCUGGUAAUCCAGAAAAGAACAAACUGUGUCCUGUUUUGAUCCUCAAAGGAAACCUGCAACAAGGCACCAUCUUCCACCUUGCUUCUGUUGCUUAUCACUUAAAACAUGACCAAUGGAGGAAUGUUGCCAGUAGAGAAUGGUAGUAAAAUAAGCCAACGGUUUUGUCAUUUAUGAUAGCAGCUAGAAGAGAUUUGAUUGAGGUCCAUAGAUCAUGCAUAUGGCGGUGCCUCAUUCAAUAUGCUGUAUAUUUUUGGCUUUUUUGGGGGGUAGCUGCCAAACGGCAAUAUGUAUUAAAACAAUCUUUCCUUCUCUUUCUUGAGGCUUCUCCUUCCAAUAGUUUGUUCUCUUUGGGUGCUGCUGUAAUUCCAU